AAAGUUUUCUGAAUAAUCAUAAAAUCUAAAUCGGAAAAUGUUACGAAUUUUACUGGUGCUAUUAACAAUUUACAAUGUCAACGGUCAAAUACGCUGCCUUUUAAGCACUUAUGUGAACAACGUUGGAUUAACAAAAGAAUUGAGUGGAACAUACUACGUGAUCUAUACUUCAGCAACCGUUCUCGAUUGCGAGCAAAAUACCUGGACAAUCGGAAUUGAUAACACAUUGUCGGUUGAUAUUCAAUCAACUGGUUGUUGUAUGCAAAUCCAAAACUUUGAUUCCUCGAAUAAGACACAAUUUAGCUACACCAUCGUCAGUCCGACAGCAUCUGGAUGUGCAUUAUCAUCGACCGAAAAGACAACUAUGAAAAUUAUAAAGCAAAUAAACUUUGGCGGUGAUACCUGCUUGAUAAUUUACAUAUGUAGACCGUCUCGGCAAGGGCUGCUGGUACUGUGUCGCAAUCGAAAUCAACCAAAUACGUUGUUAGGAUUCAUAAAUGCGUUACUGACCACGUUAUUGGGACUGUUGUUUGUUCCAGAAUUGCGUAAAGUUAAUCAAAUUGGUUGCUUAGGAAGUAGCACCUGCAUUUUGUAGGUAAAUUUGAACAUUAUGUUGGUUUCUGUUUGAAUUAUCAAAUUUUUUUUGGAGAAUCCAAAUGUUUCCGCAGUUCACAAAGUAAAAACUGAUGUAACACUGAAAUUAAAAUUAUUGAAGAUGU